AUGGCCAUCGUCCCUGAAGCUUCAGUAUUGGCUUCCGAGAUGUCUAUCAGGACUAGUGUUCUCGAAAUGGAAUACGAAAGAGCGAUUGCGGCCUCUGCACGUCUCUUGGACACCGAAAAGGACCGCGCGCGACGGAUGGAAACUUUGCUGCUGCAAUUCGAAUAUGACGCUUUGCGAUUGCAGUUGGGUCAGGCAAACGAACAGCUACUUGGAAUGACCCAGACCGAGGCCGAAGUGCGUCGUCAGCUGGUUGAAGCGCACCACGAACUCGAUCGCAUGGAUAAUUCUUUACAGUCCUCAUCGAAUGAAAAUCAAAGGCUUACGACUGAGCUCCAGACGCUCAAUACUAUAUCGAUGAAUCACGAUACCCUUCUCGCGGAAAAGGUCCAGCUUGCUCGCGAACUCUCCAACCUCAAAUCUGAACUUGAACGGUCAAACGAAGGCCAAAUUUCCCACUUGUCUUUAGUAGCGGAGAGGCAUGCAAUGGAGCGACAGCUGAAUUCUUUGGAAGUUCAGCUCAAAAAUGAGAAGCUUUCUCACGAGCACACACGAGCCCGAGUCGUGGAACAAGCGACCGAGAUAGACAAUCUUUCAUCUCGAGUGGAAAAACUACAGAAUGAGCUAUCAAGAGAGAUACGAACAAGGCAACACCAGGAACGAGAGGAUCAGCAGCAAAAUGGGGGUUGGGAAAGCCAGCGAGCAGUACUGGAGGGGAAGAUUGAAACAUUAAGAAAGCAACUACGGUCAACCAAGGACAAACUUCAGGAAGCUCAGCACAGCCUGCAGCAACAGCGGAGCACCACCCGGAGCACUCUUGGCGAUGAAGAUGAGAUACGACCUCGGAUGGUCCCUCUUCAGGGUCCUGGCCCUAGUGCGGAUUACCAUGGAGGUUUAAUGAUUGCAACACCAGGAGCUGUCCGUGUAGAGGAGAAGGCAAAAAGGAAAUCCGCCUUGCCAGGUGACAAGUCGGCGUUUUCUAUCACCCCGUUCCUGAACCGUACUGGUGCAGCUCGUGACUCUGCCAUGAGCUCAGACAUGGAUGAGGACGAAAUAGAACAGGCCAUGGAUGAAAACCCUCCCUCGUUCCGCAAACCCAACACCGAUGGCGAAAUGCGUGACCGGAACUUGCCCCCUGCGAAACGCGCUGGCCCGGACCGAGUCCCUUCAAAUGCGGUCAAGACAAAGCCGAAAGAACAUGGCCUGACAAGCCAACCUAAGCAGUCCGUUCACCGGCCUAGCAGCAAAACUCCUCAUGAGGAAUCUGACGAGUCAGAACAUUUCAUGUCAAACAAAGCACAGGCAAAACCUAAGAGGCGGAAACUUGGUAUGCAGCGUGAGCGAAACUUAUUUGACGAGGAAAAUCAUGAAGAAAUGAUCGAAAACAGCAAGCCCGGCCGCAAGCUUGUCCUGGGAGCCGCGGGGCGCAAUUCAACAAAACCGGUUGCAUCAUUGUCCUCCGCAUUGACAAAUGGUUGUGUGUUUGGCGGCGGAUUUUCACCUUUGAAAAAGGAUCGAAAGCGCCUGUAA